AGGCAUUAAAAAUAAAAGGUGGAUGUGACGUGAAAUAAGAAAAUAUUUAUUCAUGAUUUAUUUAUAUUGAUGCUGAGGCCACAAAAGCAACAUGCAUAUUUUGGAGAAAGAUUGUUUGUUGUAGAAUUUUUGACUGUGCUGGUCGGGCCUCGAACCCGCAGCCUCGGGUACGUGACACGGACGCCCUGAGUCGUAGCGUCUGGUGCUAGCACGUCUGUUAAUGUGUCGGGGAGCUUCAGCUCCAUUUAAGCCACGUUCGUGAAAGCAGAAUCAUCUCAGAAAGGCGGCAUUGUGAGGCUCAACCAAUUUUUCAUUAGAGCCAACUUGAAAGCAUGCGCUGAGGGCCGCCGGGGAGCUUCGCUUCAACACAGCUCUCUCUCUCUCUCUGCUUCAGGGCUCUUGUACGCUACAAGAGACGAAAGAGCAGAAUAGGAGAUGGAGAGCGAGGGCACAGAGGAGCAGCUUCCCACCACCUCCAGCCUCUGGAACAAUCCCAACACAUCCCAGAGACGACAUCGGUCACGCUGUGAUGGACGACCAUGCUGACACCAGAGGGCUGUGAAUCCGUGGGCGGUGGUGAACCGUCGGGUGUCGGCGCCGGCUGUACUUUCCCGACUUCACUUGGAGCUGUGCAACUUUCCUACUAGAUCCUACUAGUUUGUUCGCGACUUCACCCUUCUUUACAAUUAUCUCGUUGGUGAACAUAACAAGGAACUACCGACCCCAAGUUCUCCAAAGAUGGAGACACUUUCCCAGGAUUCGAUUCUGGAGUGCCAGAUCUGCUUCAACUACUACAGCCCCCGCCGGCGGCCCAAACUCCUGGACUGCCGGCACACGUGCUGCUCGGUGUGUUUGACCCAGAUGCGCAGCAGCCAGAAGGAGAUUCGUUGUCCUUGGUGCCGCAGCGUCACCAAGCUGCCACCGGGCCUGUCCGUCUCCCAGCUCCCAGACGACCCGGACAUCAUCACCGUCAUCGCCAUCCCUCACGCCUCCGAGCACACGCCCGUCUUCAUCCGCCUCCCGAGCAACGGCUGCUACAUGCUGCCGCUGCCCGCCUCCAAGGACCGGGCGCUCGGCCUGCCGGGCGAGCUGGGCUGUCGCUUCCUGCCCGGCGGCCAUACCAAAGGGGUCACCGUGGUGACGGUGCCGGAGCAGCAGCCUCUGGGCCUGGCCAUGGGGCUGGAGGGGAUGGGGCUGGAGGUGGGCGAGGGCGAGAGGAGAGUCACCGGCCCGGUGGGCGGAGGGAAGGGCUCCACGUGGUCCGGCGUGUGCACGGUGAUCCUGGUGGCCUGCGUGCUGCUCUUCCUCCUGGGCAUCGUGCUGCACAACAUGUCCUGCAUCUCCAAACGCUUCACCGUCAUCUCCUGCGGCUGAGGGCAGCGGGAGGCUGCUCGGACUGUCGCAGACCCCUACCACCACCGCCAAACCCCCAACCCAUCCUGUACCCCUCCCCCCAAUAGCCAUGCCUCUUCUCAGGGCAGGAGAGCGGAAUAAACUCACAUCAUGGGUAUCCACGGAAACUACCGAGCAUCGUAGAGAUACAGAUGAGAGAGGUCCCUUUUUUUGGGAGACUGAAAUAAAAAUGGAAAUACACAAACAAUUUUUUUUCCUGUCCCUUCAGUUUCCUCCGAAAGAACGCAGUGGGAAUUACUUCGCAUACGGUUCUGAGGUUCUGGCCAGCGGGGCCCCGUCUGACACUCUCAGUGGUUGGAUUUGCCUGUUUAGUCUGUGGUUCGUAGAAGUACAUCCGUUAUCGUAGUGUUGUUUAGACGAGUGUUGGUCUUCGGAGCUAGUGCGGCAGAACAGAGAGUCUGGACUUGGCUCCUCUCCGUUCUCUGGUGCUGCAGGAAUAAACUGGGCAGGAUCCACUUUCUCUUUUGUUUCUUCCACACAUCCUGGUUCUGCUCAGUACAAACUGUUGCUGCGACGGUUCCAUGGAGUUGGUUAAAGGGGUUUGUCAAAAAAAAAAUACAAAACAUGGAUUGUAAUGUUCAUACAUACCAGCAUAUUAUUCAUCUGUGGGUUCUGAGUUGUUGUGGGCUUUAAAAAAAUAUGAAUUAGUGCUGAAAUGAUGCGGUUGAUUGGUUGGUAAGUUUCAUUCAUCAAGCAAAAACUGUCAAUUGAUGCUUUUAGUUUUUUCUGUUUGACAUCGUUGUUAAAUGAAUAUCUGUGGUUUUUGGACAGCUGGUUGCACAAAGACUAUUUAAAGACGUCAACUGGUCUCCAUGUUCUGACAGUUGCUUUCCUUAACAAUUUUUUAUUUAACAAAUUAACAAAUUUAGAGAUCUGUGCAGAGUUCUGCUAGGAUGCUAACUGCCAAAAAUCUUUAGCCUAACGAAUUAGGAAAUAGUAGUAAUUCGUGAACUGGUAAAAAUUUAACAUAUUUUUGGAAAUGUGUUAAAUUUCAGACUUUGAUUAGCUAUGUACAAUUAGCCUAGCCAACAGGAAGCUGCGGCAGACCAGCUAGCUUAGCUCUCUUUUGUUGCCCAUUAACAGACAAACAACCUUGUGCUAGGUGCUACACAUGCUACUGCACCUCCAGUAAAACCACAACUUUAAGACAAAUGAAAAAAACAAACAAGAUAAAACAUAUUGGAAUAAUUGAACCCUGUCGUUUGAGCUGAGGCGGUUUUACGGGGAUUUAUAUGCUACAUGAGUUACGUGCUACAUGCUACAUGAGUUACAUGCUACAUGAGUUACAUGCUACAUGCUAUAUGAGUUACAUGCUACAUGAGUUACAUCCUACAUGAGUUACGUGCUACAUGCUACAUGUGCUACAUGCUACAUGAGUUACAUGCUACAUGAGCUACAUGAGUUACAUCCUACAUGAGUUACGUGCUACAUGCUACAUGAGUUACAUGCUAUAUGAGUUACAUGCUACAUGAGUUGCAUGCUACAUGAGUUACAUGCUACAUGAGUUACAUGCUACAUGUGCUACAUGCUACAUGCUACAUGAGUUACAUGCUACAUGAGCUACAUGAGUUACAUCCUACAUGAGUUACGUGCUACAUGCUACAUGAGUUACAUGCUAUAUGAGUUACAUGCUACAUGAGUUACAUGCUACAUGAGUUACAUGCUACAUGUGCUACAUGAGUUACAUGCUACAUGAGCUACAUGAGUUACAUCCUACAUGAGUUACGUGCUACAUGCUACAUGAGUUACAUGCCAUAUGAGUUACGUGCUACAUGCUACAUGAGUUACGUGCUACAUGCUACAUGAGUUACAUGCCAUAUGAGUUACGUGCUACAUGCUACAUGAGUUACGUGCUACAUGCUACAUGAGUUAACUUAAGCACUUGAGUUAGUACGAAAACCCCCUGUGAAACAAUAGUUUGAGGUUUUUAUGUUUUUGGAUUAGGUGAAGAAGAUAAAACAUAUUAAUCUGAGCACUUGUCGAUAGACGUGUUGUUUGAUCUUGAGGAAAAACCAGGCUAGCAGUUUGCCCUUUCAGGAGGAUUCAUGCUAACAAGCCAUAGCAUGGAAACAAAACACAACUUGACGGUUUUCAUUUUCUCAUUUAAGGAUAAAAAAAGAAUAGAUAAGAAAAUGUAUGACAGGCCUUUAAUGUGUUAUUAGACGUGUUUUAAAUUUUAAAGUGAGCCAGGCUAGCUGUUUCCCCUUGCUAGGCUAAGCUAAUGUGAGCUAGCUCCAUAUUCGACACAAAUAUCCAUAAAAAUACAUUCGACGUUGACGAAGGUGUUCAUUUUUUUUUUGGUGAUUUCUUACAGAUGCCAUUCAGCGAUUCAUUGUUUUUGUUUUUUGUCCAUCUGCCUUUCACCUCGACCUCCUUCGGACCACAUUUCGUGCUCCAAAGACUUCGUCCAAGGCUUCGGCAGCGGCCCACACACACACACACACACACACACACAAACACAUGCACGCACGCACACACACACACACUAUCGACCCCUCAUCUUAAUACCCCCCCUUCAUUUUGGAUAUAUGGGCUCGGCAUCGAGUGCGUGUCUGUCUGUGUGUGUGUGUGUGUGUGUGUGUGUGUGUGUGUGUGUGUGUGUGUGUGUGUGUGUGUGUGUGUGUGUGUGUGUGUGACGGGUCGGGCGUGGGCGGGCGCCGUGGGGCUGCAGUUAAUGACGGCCGUAUCGAUUUAUCUGCUUUUGAACCUCUCGUAUGCGCGAGAGAUGGAUGUUUCUCUUUGUUUGUUUGUUUUUUUCACUUUUUAUAUGUCGAGGCAAACAGUUUGUUCACUGUGUGGUGGCGGCAGUCAAGUGUACAGCACAAACACACACACACACACACACACACUUGAACUCUUUUUGUACAGCAGCCUCGUCGUGUACAGAACGAUUGUACAUUUUUUGAUUUUUUUUUCCUGAUUAAUUCUUUUGCCUUUUCUCGACAUUGUUCUACUUCUGAUGUGAGAUAUUGUUGAGGGGAGUUGUUCAGUUCGCUUCAGGGAGCGAGGAAAGAAAGUGUUUGGUAUUAACUUUGGUAUAAACUGCACCACAAUGUGAUAUUAUAUAUAUGUACGUAUAUCAACGUGUUCACUCGGAAAUAAUUUUUGAUUUAUUUCGUAAAUCUAAAUUAGGGUCGAUCCAGUGACUCACGGUUUUAAACCUUUUCACCUGCUUUGAUCUUUCAUAUCAGCAUCAUUUCACCUCCUUAUGAAACAUAUAAAAAAAUGUUCAUUAAGAAUUUAUAACUUUUCUGUGAUUUCUUUCAAAUUGGGCCUUAAAAAAAAAAGAAGUAAAAACAUUCAACACCAAAGCAGAGUGAGAUUUCCUCCCUCAAACAGAAGAGUCUGGAAACUUUUCUAUUAGAUCCUUUAUAAAUAUAUAUAUACACUUCAGCCAUUUUGCAGCGCGAGUCUUCCUGCACAUGAAUAUUCCUUUGAAAAGGCGUUGGAGCCACAACAGUGCAACAGUUUUUCCGUGUUUUGCCGACGCAGUGCGAGACGGUUGAGUCAAGUUCAGCUGCUCAUGUGGGACUCGUUGCUAUGAGACGAGGUCGAGAGCCGUUUGAAGUUCUCUGCUCCGCCGCUGAAAGUUGAAAAUAUAUUUUUAGCUCCUAGCGCUCGGCGCUGCGAGCUCUUAUCAAACUUGAUUUCUCAGCAAUUGAGGUUGAAGUGUUGUUUUUUCUAAUAACUCGGAGACAAAGGAAAUCCUUUCAAAACUAAACAAGUUUUUCAGUUUUAUUAUUUUUACGACUUAAAUAAAACACACAUGCACGUAUAUAUGUGUUUAACCACAACACAUUGGCUCAUAAACCAUUUAUCAAUGUCUUUACAUCUAUGAUUUCACUUCUUUUAAGUUUAAGUUGUCUCUGCUGAGAGAGAAUUUAAGAAAAAAUCAAAGAUCAAGAGUUUCAUUCCCGACAGAACAGAACAUCCCGCUCGGUGCGAGAGGCCCAGACUCUGGAAACUGAUCCACUGUGACACUGACGAACAGACUCCUAAAGGGCCAGUUCACCUAAAAGAAACUCUCGUUACUGUACACAAAUAGCCAUAGAUGUAUGUGCCAUGUAUCACACCUGCCUCCUCCACAACACAGGAGGAUGAUGGAUAUAUCCUCAACAUCAACGUCUCUUUCUUCUAUGCUGCUGUAAAAGAACGGACAGAUUUCACUGAACUACUUUCUACAACAAAGUAAAAUUCCUUUUAAUCGUUACGAGAUCGCGAAGGACAGAAACACUAAAGAUAAUAUUUUGAAAACGGCAUCGCCAUUUAAAACCAGGUUUAUUUCUCACCUGUAAAAAAAAAAAGUCCUGCUCCGAACGUUUAAUUAAAAGUUCAUUCAUGUUCUGGGUUUUCAAACACUCAAAUAUUAAUAACAACCCUCAUGAAUCCUGUAUCAGUCGGGAUGUAACGGCUGCAUACCACUGAAUGUUUCUUCACGUAGUGGACCAUUUGGGUGAACUUACCCUUUAGUACGACAUCACUGUCCUCAGAUCUUGGGUGAAAACAGAAUUCAUAAAAUAAUAACAUUUGUUGCUGAAUUAUUCUACAUACAUGUGAGACGUAUGAUCCGAACUCACGCCAUCAUUUAUUUCAUUUUUUGCCGUUUUACUGUUUGUCCAGUGAGAUUUAAGCGUAACAUGAAGACAAACACUGCGAACAUACUGUUAUUCACAAAAGACAGGAAGACAAAAGGUUGGAUUUAUGCUUUGUCACCCCUAUUCUCAUAGUUUUUUCUCAACCUCUUCAUCCUUUGAGUCACGACGUCUGAGUGUAAUCACACGUGUGUCAAAAUGUCAGAUACAGGAACUGCCCUGUGCAACAACGUGUUUUACAGAAGGAGGAGUCGAGUACAGUAGAAAGGAGGCUUGUCAUUCCUGUGCCUGUGUGUUUGUAAAGUUCUGUCAAGUUCCUGUUGUAGUUUCCUGCUCGCGUCCGGUCCGACGACGCGGCAGCAGCUGUCUUUUGUUGAAAUAUUAAAAGCAAAACGCUCUGGAUCUGAA